UCCCUGUCCGUUCUCCUCCCUCCUCACCUCAACACUGUCCCUGUAUACUCCCCCAAUUCGAAACCCUAGAACGGAGAGGUUCCAAAACCCUAGAUUCGAAACGAAAACCCUAAUCCUUGGAUGUUCCACCCAUUGAUUACUUCUACUCUCGCGCAAUCGCACGAUGGGGGCGAGUCGUAAGCUCCAGGGCGAGAUCGAUCGCGUCCUCAAGAAGGUCCAAGAGGGCGUCGAGGUUUUCGAUAGCAUCUGGAAUAAGGUUUACGACACUGAGAAUGCGAAUCAGAAGGAGAAAUUUGAGGCGGAUUUGAAGAAAGAGAUCAAGAAGCUGCAGCGGUAUCGAGAUCAGAUUAAGACAUGGAUUCAAUCGAGCGAGAUAAAGGAUAAAAAGGCUCUCAUGGAUGCUCGCAAGCUUAUUGAGCGCGAGAUGGAAAGAUUUAAAGUCUGCGAAAAAGAAACAAAAACAAAAGCCUUCUCCAAAGAAGGCUUAGGUCAACAGCCAAAGACUGAUCCAAAAGAAAAGGCAAAAUCCGAAACGAGGGAUUGGUUGAAUAAUGUGGUUGGGGAUUUAGAAAGCCAGAUUGACAACUUUGAAGCUGAGGUCGAAGGGCUUUCUUUUAAAAAGGGAAAGACAAGGCCUCCUCGAUUGGUACAUUUGGAGACUUCUAUUACAAGGCAUAAGGCGCAUAUCAAGAAACUGGAGCUGAUUUUGAGGCUGUUAGAAAAUGAUGAAUUAAGUCCUGACCAAGUCAAUGAUAUAAAAGAUUUUCUAGAAGAUUAUGUUGAACGUAAUCAGGAGGAUUUUGAGGAAUUCAGUGAUGUUGAUGAGCUCUAUAGCUCAUUACCUUUGGAAAAGGUUGAAGCACUAGAAGACCUGGUUUCCCUUGGUCCUUCCGGUCUUAUUAAAGGUAUUGGUUCUGUUUCUACUGCUAGUUCAGUUUUAGGUUUGAAGAAUUCAGCAGCCAGUUCGCCUAAUCAGGCUGCUCUUUCGUCAACUGCGUCACAAAGUACCAGUAACGACCAAGGCGAGGAAACAGCUUCUCUGGACAGCAGUUCUGAUGCAGUACCAAGAACACCACCACCUCUGAAAAGUGCUGCUAUGGGAGCAGCUUCCCCAGGUAUCAGCACUGGGACACCUAUUCCCACUGUCGCUUCUACCACCGCACGCCCACUGGUCGGAACGCCGACGGUAGCAGCUAUACUCUCUGGUCCUGCAAGUGUUCGGGGUGUUUCAGAGAGCACAUCUGCUGUUGCUACUUCAUCUCUUGUUAACCCAUCCGCUACUGCAAAAGAAGAUGAUAACGUGACUUUCCCUGGCCGUAGAUCAUCUCCUGGUAUCCCUGAAAUAGGAAUAGGGAGGGGUAUGGCUCGAGGAAUAUCCAAUCAGACUAAUAUUAGUGCUCCGAUGAACUUAAGUACAGCUAGUGGAAUUUCUGGAACCGGAGCGAUUGGUUCAGUCCCUGCAGUGUCUGACUUAAUGAAGAGAAAUAUGCUGAAUGUUGAUCAACCAUUGGUUUCACCUCUAGGAAAUAGAAUAUUAUUGCAACAGGUUUCAAGAACCAAUGAUGGUACUGUGUCAAAUGACACGAAUAAUGUUGGCGAGGGUUCUGUCAUUGGAGGAAGAGUCUUUUCACCUGGAGUUGCUUCUGGUGUUCAAUGGAGACCACAGAGUGCAUCUGGUUUCCAAAAUGAAACAGGCCAGUUUCGUGGAAGACCUGAGAUUGCUCCAGACCAGAGGGAAAAGUUUUUGCAGCGCUUGCAACAAGUGCAGCAGCAAAAUCACAGUAACCUUCUUAACGUUCCUCAAAUCCCUGGUAUGAAUCAGAAGCAGUUUUCUACACAGCAGCAAAGCUCACUCUUGCAACAGUUUAAUUCUCAGAGCCCAUCCAUGUCACCUCAAAUGAGCCUCGGACUUGGUGUGCAGGGGCCAGGUCUUGCUUCCAUUCCAUCAGUCUCACAACAGCAGCCAAGCCCAAUUCUUCAACAAUCCAGUCAGCACACCUUGAUUUCAACUGGGGCAAAAGAUGGAGCAGAUGCUGGGCAUACGAAAACAGAAGAGCAGCAGGGACCGACUGAUGAUUUGAAUGCCGAAACUGGUGCGAGUUCUGGACUUAGCAAAGUCAUUAGUGAGGAUGAUUCGAAGACACAAUAUGCGAAUACAAGUUCUACCUCUGUGACAGAAGGCAAUCAGUUAACCAGAGAUACUGACAUCUCACCUGGCCAGCCACUACAACCUAGUCAGCAAUCAGGUAGCCUUGGGGUCAUCGGCAGAAGAAGCGUCUCAGACCUUGGUACAAUAGGAGAUAACAUCAGCGGCCAAUCUGGUAGUUCUGGUGGAAUGCAUGAUAACAUCUAUAACAUGCAGAUGCUUGAAUCUGCCUACUAUAAACUUCCGCAACCAAAAGACUCGGAACGUUUGAAAAGCUAUGUGCCGAGGCAUCCUGCAGUUACUCCGUCUAGCUUUCCUCAAACCCAGGCCCCAAUUGUUUCCAAUGGUGCUUUCUGGGAACGGUUAGGAAUUGAUCCGAUAGGCACAGAUACACUCUUCUUUGCAUUUUACUAUCAACAGAACACAUAUCAGCAGUACUUAGCGGCAAGAGAACUGAAGAGGCAAUCGUGGAGGUACCACAAGAAAUACAACACGUGGUUCCAAAGGCACGAGGAGCCGAAAGUUACAAACGAUGAAUAUGAGAGGGGGUCAUAUGUGUACUUUGAUUUCCAUGUCAGUGAUGAGGGUUCCGGAUGGUGCCAAAGGAUCAAAACUGACUUCACGUUUGAAUACAAUUACCUUGAGGAUGAGCUUGUGGUGUAAGACAUCCCGAAAAAAGGUGGUGUUAAAUUUAAUCAACUUAUUUGACCAGUGUCCAUCUUUGUACCUCUUUUCAAAAAUUACACAAUAAAAAUUCAACGAGGAGUUACAUAAGCUGUUACGCAAGUUGUUAGCAUCAGUAGCCAUUCGUUGGGAUGCGUCAUUCCGAGCUGUUACUGUGCGGGUAAUUAUUGGCUGGACCUGGUUCACCACUUCACCUGUUGAGGCCUUGUGAUUUGCCCUACAUUCCAUUCACUGUUAAAUCUCUAUCUAUAUUACUUAUAGAAGCUUGAAUUUUACCCCUUUUUUUUU